AUGGCUUCAAACGAGUUUACCGAACAUUAUGUAAAGCUUUACAUUGGAUGCUUGAUGGACCUUUUUGCUGAAGGUCCGCUUCCACAUGAGAUCAACCAUUUUUGUACAAUAAUUAAUCGCUUGUUCCAAUAUCGCCCCAUCCAAACGAUAAUGAGAAUAGGACCCGAUCUCAGAAAACGUUUUUUGUUAUAUCUUUCGCAAUAUAUCCAACACCUAAGCAAACAGGCCAUGCACAAAGCUAUAGGUGGAGGAGAGCAUGAUGACCAUCAUUCACUAGCCUUAUUGUAUGAUUCGUGGACGUUGCUGUUGAGGGGUAGGUGGAGGUUGGAGCUGUCACAAGAAGAGGAAACGAUGAUUGACACCGAACUAAUCAAUGGACCAAAUUUGCAAAUAGUCAGGUGUUUCGUAGAAUGUGUUCAAGCUCCGCCCCUCGGUUGCCGCCCACCAACGGUUGCAGAAAAUGAUGAUGAGGACGACGAUGAUAGAGUGCUUUUCAAUGAUUUGCUUACACCUCUAGGGACUAUGGCCUGUUAUUCAGUACGUGAUUUUAUGGAUAUGAUGAUACACCUUCUGCGUGAGCGUAUAGCUGAAUUCCAAAGAAUGGCUUCUGGAUCAGCAGAUUUGGCUCGUUUGCCACUUUGGCAAGAAGAUAUGCAUUGGCUUUUAUUGAUAGUUUCAAAUUCAAUAGUUAGCGAAGAUAUUGAUGGAAGCUGCAGGACAGAAGGAGACGUUUUUGAGAGUUCCGUGGCGUUAGUGAACGAAAGAGGAAAAGUUUUCAGCAUCGAUGAUAGCGAUGCAUUCCUCAGUCGUUGCAUUGAAGAUCCAUCGACAGAUAGAGCCCAAGCUGAUGAUCGUGUUGACCCAUAUUUAAGAUUAAUUGGGGAGGUUCUAGCGUGGGCUUCUCUUGAGCACCAUUUGGUCUCUGAGGCAGUUGCUAACUUUGUCAGUCCAGAGCUAACACGGUCAAUCUUCUCUUCUAUGCCUCAAGAGGUUAAUAAGCGCGGCAAGCUGUAUAGCUGA